AUGGCAGAUGAUGUCUGGAUGGAGAAAGCAUUCCAACUUGCCCAAGAAGCCCUUGCUGCUGGAGAAGUCCCUGUUGGCUGUGUCUUCCUUCAUGCUGGUGAAAUCCUAGCAACUGGCAGAAAUACUGUCAAUGAAACUCAUAAUGCUACGCGUCAUGCAGAAAUGGAAUGUGUAGAUGAUGUUGUUAGGAAGUGCAAGAGGUCUAACCAUUCAUGGUCAGAGGUCUUCAAGGAGGUGGAAGUGUUUGUUACAUGUGAACCAUGCAUAAUGUGUGCUCAGCUUCUUAUGAACAUUCAAGUUAAACGUAUUGUGUAUGGUUGUGGCAAUGAUAGGUUUGGAGGGUGUGGAUCUGUUAUCAAUGUCUUUGAGUUUGGGACCUAUCUGCCUGUGAUCCAAGGUGGCAUGAGAAAGGAGGAAGCAGUGAAAUUGCUCAAACAGUUCUAUGAUGGAGAAAACCCCAAUGCUCCAAAUCCAAAGCUCAAGAAUCCAAAAAAGUGA